AGAUAUAUUGCAAGACCUGAAGAGGCACAGUCAACUUUGUUCUUUGACACAAGGUUUUUCACGUGGCCUGGAACUCACCAGGUAAUUGCUGGCUUUAAUCGCCUUCGGCAGGAACAGAGGGGCUUGGCAUCCAAAGCAGCUGAGCUGGAGAUGGAAUUGAAUGAGCACAGCCUGGUGAUCGAUACACUGAAGGAAGUGGAUGAGACCCGCAAGUGCUAUCGCAUGGUUGGGGGUGUGCUGGUAGAGCGGACUGUCAAAGAAGUGCUGCCUGCCUUGGAGGGUAACAAGGAGCAGAUACAGAAGAUCAUUGAGACACUGUCACAGCAGCUUCAGGCAAAGGGCAAAGAACUCAACGAAUUCCGGGAAAAGCACAACAUUCGUCUUAUGGGGGAAGAUGAGAAGCCAGCAGCCAAGGAAAACUCAGAAGGGGCUGGGGCUAAGUCCAGCUCAGCAGGGGUGUUGGUUUCUUAGGAGCUAAGGCCUCUGGGUUUGUUUGUUUGUUUGUUUGUUUGUUUUUUUUACCCUGAAUCCCACUUCUUUUUAUUGUUGUUAUUAUUAUUUCUCUGCUAUUGUAAUAUUUUGUUGUUGUUGAUUAAAUGUUUUGGUCAAAUACUUAGCCAUAGCCUGAACCUUUAUCUCAUUUAGGGAUAUACUGACUGCAUAGAGCUGGGUGUGGUGCCACACAUGCCUUUAAUAAUCUUAGUGCUUGGGAGACAACGAGAGGCAGAUCUCAGAGUUCCAGGCCAGCCUGGUCUACAAAUGAAGUUCCCAGUCAUCCAAGGCUAUAUAGACACAGUGAGACCCCAUCUCAAACAAAACGAAAAAAUAAUAGGAUUUGCAUUGUUUCUACCAGUUUAAUAGCUCAUACUAUCAGAAAGGAACCUCAGUUUGGCCUUUCCCUUGCAAAUAGACAUCUGCUUAUUUG